UACAAUAAUAUAUGGUCCUGUAUUUAAUGACAGAUAAGUUGUGAACAUGUCAUUAUCAUCAGGAAGAUAUGAAAUCAUAUUACAUAAAACCAUCAGCCACUGCUUUCAGAUCUUGCAGUACGAACGCUAGAAUACCUAAAAUUUAUUACAGGAGACAUUCCGACUGGAAUAAACUGUAUAGACUGGCCCCCUUGUUUUUGUUAAGCUGAAGUGAAUCAUUUGAAUUUUAAACACAACUUCUAAGUAGGCAGAGCAUAUGUAGACAAAUAUUGUCCUAUAGUGUAGUGGUUUCACAUCAGUCAUGCGUAUUCUCACAUCCUUAUGUUUAGCUAAGGACUUAAGAUAGCUUUCUGAUUUCAUCUUUGCAUAUUAUUUACUUCAAAAAUGUUACAAAUCGUAAAAUAGAUGUAACUGAUUCUAAAAGCUCACUGAAAUAUAAGUAAGAUGAAUUAAUGAGAAAUCCUUCUUGAUCAUCUGGGCUACCUGUUCCUGCCAUCUAGGUAUUUCAACAAGUUAUCUAUUUUUGUUUGUUUUAAUAUAUCAUUAUGUUUAUUAAUCGCCUAUUUUUUAAUUGGUAAUUGCAUCGACCAAUCACAGGGACAGUCAAUCAAAUGACAUAUCUUAAUUUAAUAUGUUUAUAUUAUUUGUUUAUUUAUUUUAAUUUUUUUAGUAGUGAAAGUUAUUUGAACAACUUUAUUCUUACCCAAACAUGACAUCUAAUUGUGUACGACGAGUUCUUUUACCAAUUGAUGGUAGUGAACAUAGUAAAAGAGCAGUGAAUUGGUAUUUGUCAGAAUUUAGUAGACCAGAUGAUUUUGCCUAUUUCUUUCAUGUGGUUGAAGCAAAUUACUCCAAGUCUACUGCAAAUGAGACACAUGAUCAUGGAAAAGAGUUAAAUAUUAAUUUGGAUAAAAAUAUUAAAAUGUAUUCAGAAUUAGGUAAAAUACUUGGUGACAAAUUACAUGAUGAUUUGAAAAAUAGUCAUAUUCAAAUGGAAUAUGUUAUGCAAAUUGGAAGUAAACCAGGUGAGCUAAUAAUUAAUGCAGCUAAAGAACGAUCUGUUGAUGUUAUAUUGAUUGGAAAUCGUGGUUUAGGCGCAUUCAGACGUACAUUUUUAGGUUCUGUUAGUGAGUAUGUAUUACAUCAUUGUAAUGUACCAUUUAUUAUUAUUCCACCUUCUAUUAGUUCAUGAAAUAAUGUAAAGAUGUUUAUUUGUUAUUGAUUGUGUUUUUUUCUCUGAAUGUCUUUGAACAUUAUUAUAUAAUUACAUUAUUACAUUCCGUUGAACAAUAUGCAUACAAAUUUGUAACUGAUCAUUAAUGUUUUAAAAGAUCAACCUUUAACUAUAUUUACUCGUAUCUUUCUUACUGAUUAUUCUCAUUAUUCAAUUCAGCGGAAAGAAUUUUCUUCUAGAUGAUCGUGUUUACUUAAACUGUACACACAUAUUUAUAGUUAGUUUGUUUAUCUAUGAUAAUAUUAACCUACAAUAGAAUAGAAAGAGUAUUGUGUCAUUAAGAAAUAAAAGAUAUCAAUAAUCAGAA